AUGGAGGCGGGAUCGUCGCAGGGGGAGGAGAUGAAGACGGCGGCGGGAAAGCAGGAGGCGGAGAAGAUGGCGACGGAGCGGCAGCGCGUCGACGAGGAGAAGGCGGCGGCCGCGGCCGCGGCGGGGCAGCGCGAGGAGCGGCAGCGCGUCGAGGAGGAGAAGGCGGCGGCCGCGGCCGCGGCGGGGCAGCGCGAGGAGCGGCAGCGCGUCGAGGAGGAGAAGGCGGCGGCCGCUGCGGCGAAGCGCGAUGAGUUGGCUGUCGCUCACCUGCUCUCGCCGACCGCGACGAGAGCCACCGCCGCGAUGUCCAAGUCCUCCACCGAGCGCGGCUCGACCUCGACGUCUUCAGCCAACUUCUCCGCCACGGACGAGGACUUCCUCGACUGCUCGUGCUCGAAGAUUGGAGAGGGCACGCUCUCCUUCAGGGACGCCUUACUCGUCGCCCCCUCUUCCGCGGAAGACCUCGCCAUCUCCGGCAGGCACGACGUCCUCCUCCACGGCACGACCUCGGAACUCGGCGUCCUCCUCGGCGCCUAUACGGAGUUUGGAGUCGGCUCAAGCGCGGAGUUCCGCGAUGCCGCGCCAUCGGCGAGGGGCGCCGCCUUCCUCGACCCCACCGCGGCCGCGGGCUCGACCGAGAAGUUCUGCGCCGCCACGCCCGCGCACUCGGCGAUGUCGAACGCCUCCACGGAGCGCGGUUCGACGUCUUCGCCCAACCUCGCCGCCAGGGACGCCGUCUUCGGCGGCUUGAUCUGCGACGCGGGGAGGGACGCGAUCUUGCUCGAGUGCUCCUGCGCGAAGAUUGCACAUGGAACUAUCUUCGCCAGGGACGCCUCACUCCUCGACCUGUCGACCGCGGACUACCUCGCAAUCCUCGACGGCAAGAACUCUGAGCUCAGCUACGCCACUCUAUGCCCGAGGCAUAGCGUCCUUCUCAACGUCUCCAGCGAGCACGGCAGCGGCUCAAGUACGGAGUUCAUGGACAUCAAGAACGGAGGCGAUUCGCCAUUGACCGACAUCAUCCUUGAUCUCACAGGACCACCUCUGAGGCAAAUUGACAAAAAAGACCACCUCUGGGGUGGCGGCAGCGCCCCCAGCCAACACGUGGCGCUUGCCGCCGGAGGGAGGGGCGGCAGGGACCCGCCGCCGCACCAGGUGGCGGCACGUUACCGGGCGUUGUCGCCGUCCGUCGCGCCGUCAGUGGCCGUUCGCUCAGUGGGCCAUGCCGCCGGACCCAGCGGCGGCAGGACGACGUGGAGAUGCCACGACAGCCGGUGGCGGCAGGCCCCGCCAUCCACCACGCGCGCCGACGACCGCGCCCAGAAGCUGGCGUCGAGGGAAUCUGCCCGGCCGACCAGCUCCGACACAGCUGGUGACACUGACUAA